AUGCGUCUUUACAUUCCUCCCACGGCCACUUUGAUGUUCGAGGUGCGGCGCAUCGACGACAAAAGCGAGAUCGUUUAUUCUGGGUCGGAGCCAAAUUGUCGAUUGGAAGGCUUGUCGAGUCGACAGCAUGUCGAAGUUCCGGUGGAGCGUUGCGCAAAACUCAUCCUGUCGUUCUGGGGUCGAAUGUGCACCAAUGGUUCACGCUAUGAAGGUGACUGGAGUCCGGUCACUGGUGGGAACGCUCCUCGUGAUGCACCAAGCACACCUACCGAAUUGGCUAUCAACAGCGAGAGCCAAGUGAUGAGUGGCCACGAGACCGAGGAGACCGUGAGCGAAACCGGCGAAUGUCACUACUCAUUAGCAUUACUCGACCACGCUAAGCAGUUCACAUGCAGAGUAUCAGCUUUUCACGACGGUGGGGAAUCGCCUCUUUCACAGCCACUGGUUUUCACCACACGUAGCGGAGCACCCGCACAACCUGAU